AUGGAGUCUCUCGGCGACGAGCCUUGGGAUGUCGUCAUCUGUGGCACGGGCUUGCAGCAGUCGCUGUUGGCACUUGCCCUAUCGAGGUCAAAGAAGCGCAUCUUGCAUCUCGAUCCCAAUGACUUUUAUGGCCAGCACGAAGCUGCGUUCAGUCUCCAGGAGGCAGACAGUUGGGUGACCACUCACACGGGCUCCUCUGGUGCUGAGUCUGUGGCUCAGACUACAACCGCUGCACCAGCCGAGGGGUCAGCAGGUCCCGGUGGCCGGGUUUUCCGGAAUGCCAGUGUUUGGAGACAUCCGGAAGCUGAGGCAAACGGACUUACCUUCUCACGAGCAUAUUCCUUGGCCCUCGCGCCGCAAAUCAUCCACACCCGGUCCAAGCUGCUGUCUCAGCUCGUGUCAUCCAGGGCGUAUCGCCAGGUGGAAUUCCUGGCCGUAGGUUCCUUCUACGUCCAUGAGCCGGCACGCGGCGACGAACCCGCAAAGCUCUCACGCAUCCCGAGCAGCCGCGAGGAUGUGUUCUCGAACACGUCCAUACCGGCCAAGUCCAAGCGGUCGUUGAUGAAGUUCCUGAAAUUCGUCAUCGACUACGACUCGGACGACCAGAGGGAUGUCUGGCAGGCUCAUGCCGACACGCACCUUUCUGACUUCCUUACCACACAGUUCAAGCUGGACGACGACCUGCGAAAGUAUAUCCUUGCCCUGACCUUGACUCUUGAUGGGAAGGUUACAGUCGCGAACGGACUUGCCGUCAUACACCGCCACUUGACGUCCAUGGGCCUGUUUGGGCCAGGAUUCUGUGCCGUCUACCCCAAAUGGGGAGGCCUGUCGGAAGUCGCGCAAGUUGCCUGCCGUGCUGGUGCCGUGGGAGGCGGAAUCUACAUGCUCGACACAAGCGCGGAAGUUGAGACUGCUGAUGUCCAUGACAAGGUCUCGCUCAAACUCUCCAACGGAAUCUCUGUUCAGGCCGCGGCGCUCAUCUCCUCUCGAGAUGAUAUCUCCCACGGAGAGACUAUCAGCCGGCUUGUAGCCGUCGUGAAAUCGCCGCUGAAAUCCCUGUUCGAGGCCACUGUCGAAGGCGCGCCGGCUCCUGCUGUUGCCGUGGUCGCCUUCCCAAGCAGCACGAUUCCUGCUUCCGAGUCUGCAUCGGACCCUCCAGUAUACGCUAUGGUACACUCUAGCGAGACAGGCGAGUGUCCUAAUGGUCAAAGCGCCAUCUACCUCACGACGCACACUUCGCCAUCUGCGAAAAAGAACCUGGAGCAGGCGCUGGGCUCACUGUUGGCCACGGCAGCGGAGCAGGAGACUCCCAUCUGCUUGUAUCAGCUUUACUACGAACAGACCGUCACCGAAGGGACGCCUCUGGUCGAAACUGUUGGCGCUGUGCCAAAAUUCUCCUUCCCGUCCCCGUCUCUGAACCUUGCCUUCGACGACUCAAGUCUUAAUACGGUGAAGCAGGCGUGGAAGCAGGUCGUGGGGGAUGAGGCACAGGACGAUGAGUUCAUGAUCUUCGAGGAUCGGGAGGGGGCGGAUGCCAAUGAUGAGAUAUACGAGUAA